CGCCGCAAGUGCGGGCUACGUAGCGGUAGGGGAAGUAGCCCCGGCGGUGGCUGGGCUCGGCUGCCGGGCGAAGGUGGCGGUAGUCCUGGGCCCAGGGCUCGGCGGCACGGGCCUUCAGGUGAGGCCUGCUGUGUGUGAGCGGGGUGUCAUUCUUCCAGACGGCCGUUUCCACGGGCAGCUGCGUCUUGGCGGCCGGCAGUUGGAGCCUUCCGCUGGCAGAAGAUGCUGCCAAGUACUUCCGUGGGUUCUUCGAUGCAGGGGAAUGGAGUCUUGAAUUCCAGGGAUGCAGCGAGACACACGGCUGGAGCCAAGCGCUACAAGUACCUCAGAAGGCUUUUCCGAUUUCGCCAGAUGGACUUUGAGUUUGCCGCAUGGCAGAUGCUCUACCUGUUCACGUCCCCACAGAGGGUUUAUAGGAACUUCCAUUAUCGGAAGCAAACAAAGGAUCAGUGGGCCAGAGAUGACCCUGCUUUCUUGGUCCUCUUAAGUGUCUGGCUCUGUGUGUCCACCAUAGGAUUUGGCUUUGUGCUGGACAUGGGAUUUUUUGAGACAAUAAAGCUGCUCCUGUGGGUUGUAUUCAUAGAUUGUGUAGGUGUUGGCCUUCUGAUAUCAACUUUGAUGUGGUUCAUCUCCAACAAGUAUCUAGUGAAGCGGCAGAGCAGAGACUAUGAUGUGGAGUGGGGCUACGCCUUUGAUGUGCAUCUGAAUGCAUUUUAUCCACUCCUAGUCAUUUUGCAUUUUAUCCAGCUCUUUUUCAUCAACCAUGUUAUCCUCACAGAUACAUUUAUUGGAUACUUAGUUGGAAAUACUUUAUGGUUGAUUGCUGUUGGCUAUUAUAUCUAUGUGACCUUCCUGGGAUACAGUGCACUGCCGUUUUUGAAAAAGACAGUGAUCCUGCUCUAUCCAUUCGCACCUCUCGUUGUGCUGUACGGACUGUCGCUGGCACUGGGGUGGAACUUUACCCACAUGCUGUGUUCCUUCUACAAGUACAGAGUGAAAUGAAAGGUGACGACAGCACUGCAGCUGAACUGUCUGGUGUUGAAGGGAUCUCCUGGUAAAGUCUGUAUGUAAAUUAUCUUUGUAGAUAUCUUAAAGAUGUAAAGUUUACAAAUUUGAGGUGAUACUAACACUUGUCCAGACCAUUCCUGAAAACUAAUUAAAUGUACAUUUCUAAUAUUUUAAAACUAAUUGUUUAAUUAUUUAACCCAAAGCUAUAUAUAAAAUAUCAAGGGCAUAAAUAAGGGGUAGAUGUCACACACUAUCUUGUUGCUGGCAAGAUGUACAGACUUACUCUGCCCGCAGUGUGGCUCACACAGGAGCCCCUGUCUUUUGAGAACUGUCUGUGUAUAUAAGCAGUGAGUACCUGUAUAGAUGACAGCCACUGUCUUACCAGGAUGGCAUGUUUCCCUUUUAAAGAUUCCAGAGGAACCAGCAACUAGUUGAAAAACAGGUAAACACCAUAGUAAUAGCACUAAAAAAAUUCUAUCGAUUCAUUUGGUUUGAGCCAUUUUUAUUAGAAGGAAUCUUGCUUCAACAUGGCUUUUCAAACUUCUUUAUUUCAAAUACACAUGGACAGUUAUAGCACAGAGACAGUUAUGAAAGGCACAGUCAACAGGACAUUAGGUUUCAAUUAUAGCAGCAAACUUGAAAAUAAAUAAUCUGCCUUUAAAAAUCCAACAGGUACCUCAAAUAUUACUGCAUCUAUUAACUGUUCAACCCAUGAAGACACUGAGCAAAGUAUGUAUAAUACAUUUAAGGAGGAGAAGGGAAAAAAAAAACCUGGUACAGCCUAGCAGAGAGAUUCCCUGGGCUGCUCUGAGAAACUUCCCCCAAUGCAAAGACAGCCUUUCUGGAAGAGGUGCUCCAGGUGAGCGGUUUUCCCUCCCCCCGGGGAAACAUGACUGAGACCUCUACACUGGGAAGACUCUGCUGGCAGCGCUCCGGACAGUACUCUCCCAGCAGCCCUUUGUAUGGCUCAGGCAUUGCGUGUUCAGGAAGUUUUCACCAAGCUAGAGCAAACACAGCAGAAUGCUAAGCAAGCUAAAGGAACCCCAUGCUUUCAUUCUGGGACCAAGAGCUAAUUACCAGUUCAGCUGCACUAGGAGCAGCCGUCCCCACAACGAACAAGCCUGUUCAGAACAGUUGACCCGGCUGUGCAUAUUCUACCAUGCUUCCCCCUCCCUCGAACUCAGGUUAUUGAUAUUCUACACUCAGGGUCACAUGCUGUUUGUUCUUGCAGGAGCCCUUUAGGUAGUGCAAAAACGGGAAAGGGAACAUUUCAGAAACAAGACUUCAUUUAGCUAGUGGUGGUACAGGGGUAUGGGUACCAAAAUCCUUGGUUUUUCUUUUUAAAAGACUGGUCAUCUUUUUAGCAUUGAAUGUUCACAUGCAUUAAAUUGAGCAUAUUUAGCAUAGCAUAUAUCUUAAGAUUAAUCAUUUAAAUCCUCAUAACAAAGUUUGGAUUUUACAAGCUAUAAAUGUUGCUACAUAGCUUGAGAAUGCCCUUUUCUACAAAAGGACUGAGCCGGGACUUCAGAUCCCUUACCAUAUGAAGAUGAUGAUAGCCCAGGGCCUUGAGACCUGACAGUGCUUUAACCUCCAAACUCCUUUCCUUCAAGGCUAUGGCAGUAUGGUAAAAUAAAUAAAAGCACAAGUGAGUGCACCAAAAUAAACUUCGUUAGCAAUUAAUGCCUUGGAAUCAGAGGGAUUUUGGAAAGCAUCUAAAUACAAAACCUUGGUACAUAUAGGACUUGUGCUGUGCUAGCUAUUGAACUAAAUGGCUUUAAAGAAUUACAUUUAUAGCCUAAGUGCUAGCAGGUAUGUUCAGCCUGUGGCCCAGAUCACAAUGAAUGGCACAGCACAGAACUGUUUGUGUAACUGAACUGUGUGGCUCUUGAGUGUGUCCUCUGGAGAUGACAGCGCCAUGCUGCAGUGUCAGAAGGGCGGACAUGCCUGUGAGUCAACAGAGGCAGAUGUUUUCCUCUCUUCAAUCUGAUGUAAAUACCGCGGUUCAUCAUUCUUUCAAGUACAUCCGCAGGCCCUUAAGGUGUGAUCUAGCCUCAUCGACCCCACACCUACAGUCUCAUCCUAGCAGCUGUUUUACAGAACACAGAUGAUACCAAACUCUACCUUGUAGUGGAGACGGGGGUCUCUGGCACAGAACAUUCUAGCUGAGACCCAGGAAUGAGUUUAUUCUGGAUGUCGAUCAAAACAAAAAUGUCAACAAGCUGGGCAUGGUGACUCACAUCAGCACUGGGAGGAGAGAAGUUCAAGAUCACCCUGGGGUGCAAGGUGAGACCCUGUCCUUAAAUAAAAAGAAGCAAUUCAGGCAGUGGUGGUGCACACCUUUAAACCUUUAAACUCGGGAAUCAGAGGCAGGAGGAUCUCUGAGUUCAAGGCCAGCCUGGUCUACAAGAGCUAGUUGCAGGACAGGCUCCAAAGCUAUAGAGAAACCCUUGCCUCGAAAAAAACUAAAUAAAAAGUAACCUGCAAGCAAUCAAAUGUGAA